UAGUCUAACGACAAAUUGAGUCUUCUUUUUUUUUCCCACCCCCUUUCCUCCCUGAUUCUUCUUUACUUCUCCCUCAUCAUGUCGACUUCCUCCUCCUCUUAUGAUGCCACAUGCCCUAUUCCCGCCGCCACAACUCCCCCUUCCACCCUCCCUCGGCCCCUCACAUCGCCACCAAACUCACAUCUACGAACUAUCUCCUAUGCCAGAUGCAACUUCUUCCCCUUCUUACAAGCUUUGAUCUUUCAAAGUUUGUUGACGGCAGCUUCCCCGCACCGCCUCGUACUCUCGCUGGCGGCCAAUCGAACCGUGACUACAUUGCUUGGCCCCGUCUUGAUCAACUAGUUUUUUCUUGGAUCGCUGGCUCUCUCUCCGUCUCUGUCCUCUCUCGACUGGUCGACUGUUCCACGGCGCUUGAGGCCUGGACGCGUCUCGCCUCCACCUACGGCUCCGACAACCGACAAACGUUACGCGGCCUGCGCACCUAACUCAACGAGCUUUCUCGUGGUACGGAGUCUUGUGCUCCAUACCUUGCUAGUGCACAAGACCUAGCUGACCGCCUUGCUGCCCUGAAUAACCCGAUCUCCGACGAUGAAUUGGUUGAUCGUUGCCUUCGUGGCCUCGGCGACGAGUUCCUGCCAUUUGUUCGCACCAUUGAAACCAAGCUGGAGCCUCUCUCCUUUGUUGAUUUUCACGGGCUCCUUCUCAACGAAGAACAUCGGCUCCGCCGCCGUAGUCCUAUUUCUGACGAUGGUCUCGCCCAAGCAAACUAUGGCCGCUAUGGCGGGCGUGGCGGCACCCACCUCUAUGGCGGCCGUGGGCGUGGUCGCCUUCUCGGACGCGGCCGUGGAUCGAGAUACAGCGGCGGUGGCCGCCCCUCUUACCCCUCUGUUUUCCCCUCUUCUUUUGCAGGACCAAGCCACUGAGCAGGUCUACUUGGGCCCAGGCCCAAUCACCACCCGCCAAAUCCGAACAGCAGCACGCUCCAAUGUUACACCUGCCAUGGCUAAGGCCAUCUAGCCAAACACUGUCCCAAACCCUCCCUCACGUCUCGCUUUCCACCCUCGACCAAUUAUGCCUCCUCCUCAACCUCCCAAGAUUGGAUAAUGGAUUCUGGUACAAACUAUCACAUCACCUCUGAUCUCAACAAUCUCGCUCUUCACUCCGAAUAUAAUGGGCACGACAAGGUAUCCUUUGGCAAUGGUAAUUCUCUUCCCAUCUCCCAUUCUGGUUCGUCCCUUGUCUCACUUAAUAGUCACCCUUUUCAUCUUAACAAUAUUCUUCAUGUUCCUUCUGCCUCUCACAAUCUGCUUUCUAUCAACUCUCUCACACGUACUAAUCCCUUAUCUAUUCAUUUUGUUAAUGAUUCCUUCAUCAUCAAGGACUCUCGCUCGCAGAAAAUCCUUCAUCAUGGUCGCAGUAAAGAUGGGUUGUACUCGGUGCCACUCUCUAUUCUCUCCCAAGUGGCUCCUCGUGCGUUUCAUUCCACCCUCUCCCAAUGGCAUCAACGUCUUGGUCACCCUCACUCCCGUGUUCUUCGCCAAGUCCUCCAACGUCAUUCUCUGCCUGUCUCCAAUAAACAUGAGGUUCAUUUGUGUCAUGGUUGUAGUGUUGCCAUAGAGGUGGGUGCCACCACGCCCGCCAUAGCGACCAUAGUUUGCUUGGGCGGUACUACCUUCAGAAAUAGGACUACGGCGGCGGAGCCGAUGUUCUUCGUUUAGAAGGAGCCCGUGAAAAUCAGCAAAGGAGAGAGGCUCCAGCUUGGUUUCAAUGGUGCGAACUAAUGGCAGGAACUCGUCGCCGAGGCCACGAAGGCAACGAUCAACCAAUUCAUCGUCGGAGAUCGGGUUAUUCAGGGCAGCAAGGCGGUCAGCUAGGUCUUGUGCACGAGUAUGGAGCACAAGACUCCACACCACGAGAAAGCUCGCUGAGCUGGGUGCGCAGGCCACAUAACGUUUGUCAGUUGCCGAAGCCGUAGGUGGAGGCGAGACGCGUCCAGGCCUCAAGCGCCGUGGAACAGCCGACCAGCCGAGAGAGGACAGAGUCGGAGAGAGAGCCGGCGAUCCAAGAAAAAACUAGUUGAUCAAGACGGCGCCAAGCAAUGUAGUCAGGGUUCGAUUGGCCGCCAGCGAGAGUACGAGGCGGUGCGGGGAAGCUGCCGUCAACAAACUUUGAAAGAUCAAAGCUUGUAAGAAGGGGAAGAAGUUGCAUCUGCCAUAGGAGAUAGUUCGUAGAUGUGAGUUUGGUGGCGAUGUGAGGGGUUGAGAGAGGAUUGAAAGGGGAGAGGGGAGUUGUGGCGGCGAGGCGGGAAUAGGGCCUGUGGCAUCAGAAGAGGAGGAAGUCGACAUGAUGAGGGAGAAGUAAAGAAGAAUUAGGGAGGAAAGGGGGUGGGGAAAAAAAAAGACUCAAUUUGCCGUUAGGCUGUUCGACUCUGAUACCAUGUACGAGCUGGGAAUUUCUGUGUGAUUUCAUUGAUGAAUCAAUGGCCAAUUUAUACAGUAUAAUUACAAGAUCAGUAGUGCUAGUAGUGGGAGCAAUAUUAGGAACAGAAUAACAGAAGGUUGUUGAGUGGAGAUAAUGGAGGAAGUGGCAUUAGACCCGGUCUCCCAAGCUAAGGUGUGAUAAUCUAGGUGCAACAUACCUCACCGCCAACCCCGUCUUUCGCGCGCGGCAAACACAUGGAAAUAGACUUCCACUUCGUCCGCUAACCCCGGGUCUAAUGCCACUUCCUCCAUUAUCUCCACUCAACAACCUUCUGUUAUUCUGUUCCUAAUAUUGCUCCCACUACUAGCACUAUUGAUCUUGUAACUAUACUGUAUAAAUUGGCUAUUGAUUC